AUGAAAUUCCGGAAUGAGGCGUUCGAAAAUUCCGCCAUCUACAAGGAGCGCCUCAAAACUUAUCAUGAUAAGAUGAUCGACAAGCGGGAGUUCUUCCCAGGAGAUUUGGUGUUGUUAUUCAAUGCUCGGAUGAAGCUCUUCCCCGGAAAGCUUAAGUCGAGGUGGUCCGGCCCCUUCAAAGUUAGAACUGUGAUGAAGAAUGGAGCUUUAGAACUUGAAGCUGAUGAUGGGAGGGUGUUCACGGCCAAUGGUCAGAAUGUGAAGACGUUUCAUACUAUGGAGCAGAAGGAAGAAGUGUUCCAACUCUCCUUGGAGACCCAGUAA